AGCUUCAGGACUUCAAUUCCUGCUAUUCUCUUUCAUGUCUUCUCUUGUACUCUGCUCUUCUAGGGUGGAAAUCAGGAAAUUACUUCAGUGUUUAAGCUUGCAUGAACUGUUUACCCUAUAAAAUUAAACUUUCCCUUUUUCCUGGUAAACAACAAUGCAUGCGUGUCUCAAAAAUUCUUCUUCUAACAUUAGUUUUUGUCAUAUUGAUGUGGAAACAACAUGGUUUUGAAAAGGGUAGCAAGAUACAGUACUAAGUGUAUGGUUUUCCUGCACUAUUGGGCUUGUUAGAGAGCUCCAUCUUGAUCAGUGAACAGCCAUGGCAAAGAGACAUUUGUAUCGGAAUAGACAUCCAUUUGAUAUACACCCUUUCGAGGCAUUUUCUCAUGGUUCAUGGAGGACUAUAGAGCAUAUCAGAAUUCGGGAUGGGACAGUUGCCAUGCGUUUUGAAACUCCUGGAUUUGAGAUGGAUGAGGAAGUCUAUAAUGGCACUGUACGCGUACGAUCUCGAAAAGCAAUCUUAUCUGAUUGCGAUUGUUUCUUGAGGGCUGGGAUAGAUGUAUGUGUACUUUUGACAGAUCCAACCAAGGACAAAAAAUUUCCACAAUCGGUCCGGAUUGAUGCUAGAAUAAAUUCAAUUGAGAGGAGGCCACAUGAACCACAAUGCACCUGCCGGUUUAAUGUAACCUUCCAUACAACACAUCGUCGGAAUGGAAAACUUUGUAAGGGGAUCAGGGAUGUGGGAAUUGAUGAUAUUGCAAUAAUACAACGACUGCAGAGAAAACCUUGUGAAGAUGGGUAUCACCGAUGGAGCUAUUCUCAGGACUGCCCUUCUGCAGUUGAAUCUAAAUUGUUCCGGGGUCAAUUCUCUUCAGAUAUUUCAUGGCUACUUGUUACCUCCAUUUGGAAGGGACUAAAAUUUGAUUUAAGAUCAGUGCAGAGCAAGAUUGUCUAUCAAAUUUUGUAUGGUGAUGAUCAUGAUGUGUGUUCUUCAGAUACUGCCAACAAUGUAGCCAUAAAUUUCCAAAUGGACAAUGGAAUUAUUAGACCAUUUACCAGGACUUUUAUUCCUGUAGAUACAUUUGUUUCAGGUAGUUCCAUUGAGGCUUGUCCUGUUCAUGAUCUGCAGGAAGAUGACUCAUUGCAGCUUUAUGAUCCCAUGGAGUUGCGGCGUUCCAAACGCAGAAAUGUUCAACCUGAGCGUUUUGUAAGUUACAGAGGGUUUUCAAAACCAAAGCCUUCUAUUGUUGAGACAGAGGAAGACAAGAUAAACGGAUGGAAAGAGAACAGAACAUUGUCCAUAAUAUUGCAUCAGGCAGAUAAUGUCCAUUUGAUGCAUAGUGAGUCUUUCAGACGGUCUAUUGGUGGUGAAAUGAUAAUUGAAGAUUGCAAUGGUGAAAAUAUGAUAGAAGAUAGUGCAGGUGAAAAUUUUGUUGAAUAUAGUAUGUGUGAAAAUAUGGUUGAAGAUAGUGAGGUUUACUACAGGAAGAAGUCCCCAGUGAAUCAAAGCAACGUCAAAUCAAGAGACUUUAUGUCAGGUGCAGAUACUAGAAUGAAAAAUAAAAUAUUGCUUCUUGAGAAUCAUGAGAUGGAUGGAGGUACUGCUGCUCCUUAUGGUAGACCCAAAGCAGACAACGGCUUGUUUUCAGGAGAUUCACACUUUUCAUUCCCAGUUUACGCAUCACGGAAAAACAAGAGAAAAUUGAAGUCUCCCAUCAGCAACUGUACUGUUUCCACCCCAAGAGUUUCCUCCGAUAUUCCUCUUACAUCUGAAAGUGUUUCUCUGUUGCAUCCACAGGAUUAUCCCCCAAUUCAGAUUAUUGGAAACCCCCAAAAAAUGGUUUCUUGGGUUUUUUCUGAGCAUAGUCAUAGGCAUGGAUCAUCUGUAAUGGGAGAAAAAACUCUAUUGCGGAAAAGAUUCGAGGAAAUGCAAGAAAAAAGAUGCAGAAAAAUGGAAGUAACAUGGAAGGUGAAAGGUUCAAAUAAGAAGCAUCUAAGAAGAGUAAGUAACCUAUUCUGCUCAAAAAGAGAUAGGUCUGGUGAAACAAGAACUAGGAGAAAUGCCUUCUUAAGUACAAGUGAGUACAAGAAAAUGAUAGACAGGUUUAUGAAGAACAUAGAGUCUGAGAUCAAGAGAGAACACCCACAUGCUGCUGCUCAGUGGGAAGCAAUGCGGGGAAUGAAUUGUUCAAACCAAAGAUGGCGUGACAAAUGCACACCUGUUCUUAAUGAUCAGACAGAAAACUCAGAGCUUGAACUUUUGUGGAAAGAAAUGGAGUUUUCAAUGGCAACAGUUAAUUUUAUUGGAGACAGUCAGGGAUCAAGGCUGGAUACCUGUGAUGAGGUUGCCAAGAAGUCAAGCAAAGAUUAUGGCCAUUCGUGCCACCAUGAAUUUAAGAUGGAUGAAGAAGUUGGACUUGUAUGCAAAUUAUGCAGCUUUGUGAGCACUGAAAUAAGAGAUGUUUCACUGCCAUUUUUUCAAAAUACAGGUUGGAUUGCAAAGAAGUAUCUUCAUGAUGAAGAAUUGAGGUGGGCCACUGCUGGACAUGAGGGUCAAGAUAUUUUUGGCAAUCCUGGUUCUUCAGAGGAAAUACCAUUAUCAAAAAGGAGUGACAAUGUUUGGGCCAUGAUACCAGAAUUGAGAAUGAAGUUACACUCCCACCAAAAGAAAGCUUUUGAAUUUCUAUGGAAGAACAUUGUCGGGUCUUUGAUACCUGCUGAGAUGGAACAAUGUUCCAAAAGAACAGGUGGUUGUGUAAUCUCACACUCUCCAGGAGCUGGAAAAACUCUGGUUAUAAUUGCAUUCCUCGAAAGCUACUUGAAAAUGUUCCCUGGAAAACGACCAUUAAUCCUUGCUCCAAAGACCACUCUAUACACCUGGUACAAAGAAAUGAAGAAGUGGGAUGUAUCAUUUCCAGUUUACCAAAUCCAUGUUCGGGCAAACUUCAGGCACGGGAUUCUUAAUCAUGAAGUGGAAGAGCCUGUGGGUGAUCGCAGACCCAACCUAUUUGAUCAGCAUGUUAUGGACUGCCUAGAGAAAAUUCAAAAAUGGCAUGAACACCCAAGUAUUUUGCUCAUGGGAUACACCUCCUUUCUAACAUUGACACGAGAUGGAUCAAAGUACGAACACAGGAGGUAUAUUGGUAGAAUCUUGAAACGAAGCCCAGGAAUUCUUGUUCUUGAUGAAGGCCACAACCCAAGGAGUACUAAAUCAAGGUUAAGAAAAGCUCUAAUGAAAGUGAAGACGGAUUUGAGAAUUUUGCUUUCAGGGACACUGUUUCAGAAUAAUUUCAGUGAGUAUUUCAAUACUCUCUGCUUGGCUAGACCAGUCUUUGUCUAUGAGGUGUUAAGGAAACUGAACCCAAACACAAAAUAUCGGAAGGAGAGGAAAUGCUACAAUUCAAUGGAGACAUUGGCUAGAAGAUUUUUCACAGAGAAGAUUGCAAAAAAAAUAAAAUCAAAAUUGGUGGAAGAAAGAAGGCGUGGCCUGAGCAGGUUGAGGAAAAUUACAAAAGGGUUUAUAGAUGUAUAUGAAGGUGGAGUUCAAGACUCACUCCCAGGAUUACAAAGUUACACACUUUUGAUGAAAUCGACAGUCAUCCAACAAGAUCUUCAAACUAGACUACAAAACCAAAAAGUUGCAUACAAAGGAUAUCCUCUAGAACUGGAAUUGUUGAUUACUCUUGGGUCCAUACAUCCUUGGCUUAUCACAACUGUGGCAUGUGCUGAUAAAUACUUCACCAUGGAGGAACUACAAGACCUUAAGAAACAUAGACUUGAUCUGAAGAAAGGGUCGAAGGUUAGAUUUGUUGUGAGCCUUGUGCAGAAGUGUAUCAUGAAGAUGGAGAAGGUUCUGAUCUUUGCCCAUAACAUUGCACCCAUAAGCCUAUUUGUUGAAAUAUUUGAGAUGAUCUUUGGCUGGCAGAUGGGAGAGGAAAUACUGGUCCUUCAAGGUGAUCAAGAAUUAUAUGAACGUGCAAGGGUUAUGGAUAAAUUUGAAGAAUCAGAUGGGCCUUCAAGAGUACUUCUUGCUUCAAUCACAGCAUGUGCCGAAGGCAUUAGUUUGACUGCUGCUUCACGGGUUGUCUUGUUGGAUUCAGAAUGGAACCCAUCCAAGACGAAGCAAGCAAUUGCACGGGCAUUCAGGCCUGGUCAGGAGAGGAUAGUCUAUGUCUACCAGCUUUUGGCGUCAGGGUCACUGGAAGAAGAAAAGUAUGGUAAGACCACAUGGAAGGAAUGGGUCUCAAGUAUGAUUUUUAGUGAGGCUAUUGUGGAUGAUUCUUCUCACAAGCAGGUUGAGAACAUCGAUGACGACGUUCUGAGGGAGAUAGUGGAGGAUGAUCAAGCCGAAUUGUUCCACACGAUAAUGAAGCACGAUAAGCUUUCAAAUGGUUUGGAUAGAGGGAAAGCAGCUGAAAUUUUUCUAGGCAAGUAAACUUGGUUCUUAUGUAGUUUUUGUGUUUUGUUGGAUCAACCACUUGGUUUGUUUGGAAAAGAUACAAUCACAAAAUCAGUCGGUCGUUUAAGAAAUGCUGAAUGAGACUCGGGCAUGGAGAUCCUUUGAAGAGUUUGAAUAUACAUAGAUUACUCUUCUAGUCUUGAUUUCA